CUCCAAGCAUUCCCAAUUAAUUAAAAAAUAUAAUCUUUUAUCCACCACAUAUACACACUCAAUUAUCUCUGGUUCUCUGGCUUUCAUUGCUCCCUCACCAUGAACAAGUCACCACUCAAUUAUACCACAAAGGUGUUUGUAUUGGUGCUUCUGGCAGCUUACUUGGGCAUAUCUAAAGCUCAAGUUGAAAUGAACUGGUGGCCAACAGAACCAACUAGGUUUGAACUUGUUACCGGAGGACGACGUCGAAGGCUCGAUCCGUUCCAGCUAUGCUUGCUGUGCAAGUGCUGCUCCACCACCAUCUGCACCACCAUGCCUUGUUGCUUCGGCAUCGAUUGCCAGCUCCCAAACAAGCCUUUUGGUGUAUGUGCUUUUGUUCCCAAAACAUGUAACUGUACUUCUUGUGCUGUGUAAUCUAUACCUUUAAUAUACAUAUACAAUAAAUUUUACUGCCAUUA